GAAGAAGAAAGGGGUUUCAACUGGCCUGCUCUGAAGCGCGCUUUUUCAGGCAAAUCUGCCGACGAAGUGGCCAUCAUUAAGCGCUAUGCCGACCACUUUGCGCGCUGGGACGGCGAAGAGAAGAUGCCGUAUGACGUUUACCUCCUAAGACGGAUCAAUUUCAAGGAUUCCCACGAAGAGGCGAUGAAGUGGGGGCUCCGCUUUGAACACUACCAGAGCAACCCCUCGGCUUACCACUAA